AUGGAUAGCAAUGUUGACGACGGGGCAAAUGCUUCCGGCAGCACCACCGAGCCGAUCCCAUCAACCGAACUUGCGCGAAUGUUGGAGGAGCAUGGAGUCCGUCUCGCCUCACCCGAAGCCCCGUCUGGCUCCACCAAUCCGUUCAGCUCAAGCGAACUCAUUCGACGCCAUGGUGAGAAAGAUGCCGCCAGUCCGGCUUCACAGGAGGAAGGGGAGGAUGAGGCUGAGGGGGCACCAAAUGUGCGCAUAAUUUUGGGGGCUUCACCUAGUCAAGCGGUGACAGUCCGUCUUCAUCCAUUGGGCCACAUUGAACCGGGAGCUGACGCCAAAGCUCGGUACCGGCGGGCCGUGCUCGACGUUGCUGCCAAAGCCGGUGGCACCGCACUGCCUGGUGCAUUGUCCUACCAAAAACUGUUCCUCACACAGUCCAAGGAAAACGUCGGUUUGACGAUCCAAGCGUCAGCCUACGUACCAUCGACCCAGGCUGGCCAGCGCGUCCCAGCGGCGGAAAGUCCAGCGCAGCUGCUGCAUUGCACACUGGUGUUCGACCCGGCCGCCGAUCGCAUAGCUAUCAAGAACGUAGACGACAACCCGGUCACACUCAAAAUGCUUCCCAGGAACCUACCAACAAAAGAAGGGCUUGAGGGCCAAGCGGCGUUUACUACUCAAUCAGUACGGUCCAUCGAAAUUGGGCCGUACGAUUACGAGCUCCUAGAAGCUGGGCCUUGGGCUAUCCAUGCAGCCUCUGGGCAACAAGUUCUCGAGUUUUCCGUCUUGGCACGCAGCGGUAUCUCAGUCUUGACCAACUCGCAAGAGCCACGUACUGCGAAGAUGCUGUCGCAAGGGGCAAAGAGACAACAUGACUUCUCCCAGACCGAGGACCCGGGCCCAGCCAAAAAGGGCAAGCUGAGGGAGCUUGGAAGCAAGGAUAACGCAACUAUUGUUUUCCAGCCGGCCCCUAUUCGGGCUUUGCAUCAAGCCCGUGGUCAUCCAGCGGUAAUGGGACCUUCGGCUUCGGCUUCGGCUACGAGUACCAGGCGGGACCUCUUGCCCAUAAACGUGCAUCCAAUGCAAUAUCUCCACGCUGGAGACAAGGCCAGAGUUAUUGGCCCGGCUGGUGAGGAUUACACGGUCACAUACGACAAAGAGAUCGCAAUGAGAGCGAACUGUCAUGUCUUUAACGGCCAACACUCUUCUUUUCCAGAGAACAACGGAGCAGCAGUCAUCAAGGUUAUCCGCUCGCCUUCGGGCCCCGUAGAAAAGGGAGGUUCUGGCAAGAUAGCGCAAGCCAUUCACCGCUCAGGCCAUGUUUGGGUACAGGAAGUGAAAAACCAUUUGAGACUGUCCGAGCAGCCAUCGGUAGUUCGUCUGUUCGACGCCGACUCCAGAGUCUUUGCCCUCUACAUGGAGCAUGUGGAGGCACCGAGUCUGGUGCACUACAUACAGCCGAACGCGGCAGGCCCAUACUGCACCUUGACUAGGACCAACGCGACAGAGUUAUUGAGUGACAUGUCGACUGCCCUCUCCUACAUUCAUCGUCAAAAGAUUGUGCACAACGACAUCAAGCCGGACAAUAUUCUUUAUUCUCCGACUCGCGGCGCCGUCCUCAUCGACUUUGGCCUCUCAACAGAGAUCACCGGGAGAAGUUCGGGUUUGUACACGGCAGGUUCUCCCUGGUAUGUGCCGCAGGAGUACUUGGCCCAACCUUCGAGUCGAGGCGCGCCGGGGGAUGUUUUCGCGCUCGGCGUGGUGAUGCUCUUCCUUGCCGGUAAGAUUCCCCUGCCGGAAGGCUGCAGGGCUCACAGAACGUGGCGGAUCGCCGAUGCACGUUAUGAGGGCUCGCAAGCCAGAAUGGCCAUGGAAAAGUGGCUUGCCUUUGUUGGAGAGGUCUCGGAAACGCUGAAUCUUGCGGACGAGUUGGAGAGUAUAAUCAGCGGGGUUAUACAGUUGGUUGCCGCGGAGCGGAUGACGACGGAAGAAUUGGCAGAAAGGGUUACCGGCUUAAGAAUUGGUUGA